UUCCAGGCAACCUAAGCGAAGGGAACCGGAAGUGCGUCAUAGCGCGCCUAUGUUUGGAUGUGGUGGCCGAGACCUAAAAUUGGGGGUGAUUUGUUAGGAGAUGGAUCGGUACCUACUGCUGGUGAUCUGGGGGGAAGGAAAAUUCCCGUCGGCGGCCAGUAGGGAGGCAGAACAUGGACCAGAGGUGUCGUCAGGUGAGGGUACUGAGAAGCAGCCGGACUUCACAGCAGCAAAUAUUUAUCACCUUUUGAAAAGAAGCAUUAAUGCUUCAAUUAAUCCAGAAGAUAGUACUUUCCCUGCCUGUUCAGUAGGUGGUAUACCUGGUUCCAAGAAGUGGUUCUUUGCGGUGCAGGCAAUAUGUGGAUUUUAUCAGUUUUGUAGUUCUGAUUGGCAAGAGAUACAUUUUGAUACAGAAAAAGAUAAAAUUGAAGAUGUUCUUCAAACAAGUAUCGAAGAAUGUUUGAGUGCUGUUGAGUGUUUUGAAGAAGAAGAUAGUAAUAGCAGGGAAUCAUUAUCCUUGGCUGAUCUCUAUGAAGAAGCUGCAGAAAAUUUGCAUCAGUUAUCAGACAAGCUUCCUGCUCCUGGUAGAGCAAUGGUAGAUAUAAUACUAUUGCCUUCGGACAAAGAUCCUCCUAAAUUGAAAGACUGUUUACCUACUGUAGGAGCAUUAAAACAUUUGAGAGAAUGGUAUUUGGCAAAGAUCACUAUAGCUGGAAAUCACUGUGAAAUAAACUGCCAGAAAAUUGCAGAAUACCUUUCUGCUAAUGUUGUAUCUUUAGAAGAUCUCAGAAAUGUUAUUGACUCAAAGGAAUUAUGGAGGGGAAAAAUACAGAUAUGGGAAAGAAAGUUUGGCUUUGAAAUUAGUUUCCCUGAAUUUUGUUUAAAGGGAGUCACACCUAAGAAUUUUAGUACAUCCAAUUUAAAUACUGACUUUCUUGCCAAAAAGAUAAUACCACCAAAGGAUAAGAAUAUUUUGCCAAAGGUUUUCCAUUAUUAUGGCUCUGCUUUAGAAUUUGUGCAGAUGAUAAAAUUAUCAGAUCUACCCUCCUGCUAUAUGUCAGACAUUGAAUUUGAGUUAGGAUUGACAAACAGUACCAAACAGAAUUCUGUGUUGCUGUUGGAGCAGAUUUCUUCUCUGUGUAGCAAGGUUGGUGCUCUUUUCGUAUUGCCAUGUACCAUUAGUAACAUACCUGUUCCGCCUCCCAACCAACUCAGUUCAAGAAAGUGGAAGGAAUAUAUAGCUAAAAAGCCUAAGACAAUCAGUGUUCCAGAUGUUGAAGUGAAAGGGGAGUAUUCUAGCUAUUAUCUCUUGUUACAAGGUAAUGGCAAUAGAAGAUGUAAAGCCACAUUGAUUCACUCAGCCAACCAGAUCAAUGGCUCAUUUGCACUCAGUUUAAUUCAUGGAAAGAUGAAAACAAAGACAGAGGAAACAAAAUUGAGUUUUCCUUUUGACUUAUUGUCACUUCCACAUUUUUCUGCGGUGCAGAUUAUACAGAGAGAGAAACAGUUAGCUAAUGUUCAAGUUUUAGCUUUGAAAGAAUGCCUAAAAAGGAGAAAGUUGGCAAAGCAGCCUGAAACAGUUUCUGUUGCUGAACUAAAAAGUCUGUUAGUACUCACAAGGAAACAGUUUUUAGAUUAUUUUGAUGCUAUGAUUCCUAAAAUGAGUCUAAGAAAGAUGAACAAAAUAAAAACCUUCAAUAUAUUAAAUGAUUUUAGUCCAGUGGAACCUAAUUCCUCAAGUCAAACAGAAACCAAUCCUCUGGAAUGGCCAGAAAGGCAUGUUCUUCAAAAUUUGGAAACUUUUGAAAAAGCUAAGCAAAAAAUGAGAACUGGUUCAUUACCUCAUUCAUCUGAACAGUUGCUCGGCCACAAAGAGGUUCCUCGGGACUCAAUCACAUUAUUGGAUGCUAAAGAAUUGCUGAAGUACUUUACCUCAGAUGGAUUACCCGUUGGAGAUCUUCAACCUUUACCGAUUCAAAAGGGGGAAAAGACUUUUAUUCUGACACCAGAACUCAGUCCUGGGAAACUUCAGGCCUUACCUUUUGAGAAAGCCUCAGGAUGUCAUUAUCAUGGAAUUGAAUAUUGCUUGGAUGACCGAAAAGCUUUGGAAAGAGAUGGAGGAUUUUCUGAACUUCAAUCUCGUCUUAUUCGUUAUGAAACUCAAACUACCUGCACCAGAGAAAGUUAUCCAGUACCUACUGUGUUGAGCCCUCUUCCAUCUCCUGCAGUUUUGUCAGAGCCUGGAAGUGUCCCUGAUGGAGAACUUUUACAAAGUGAACUUCGAACUGAAGUAUCCCGAUUGAAACGGAGAUCUAAAGAUCUGAAUUGCCUUUAUCCCAGAAAAAGACUUGUGAAAUCUGAAAGUUCAGAGUCUCUUCUUUCUCAAACAAGUGGCAAUAGUAAUCACCAUCGUCAUCACGUGACAUCCAGAAAGCCACAAACAAAGCGAUCCUUACCAAUGACUUGUCCAUUGGUUCCAGUUCCCAGCUGUGAAACUCCAAAACUUGCUACAAAGACCAGUUCGGGUCAAAAAAGUAUGCAUGAAUCAAAAAUGUCAAGGCAAAUUAAGGAGUCAAGAUCACAGAAACACACACGGAUAUUGAAAGAAGUAGUUACUGAAACCCUGAAGAAACACAGUAUUACUGAGACUCAUGAAUGUUUCACUGCAUGCAGCCAGCGUCUCUUUGAAAUCUCUAAGUUCUAUCUAAAGGAUCUUAAGACUUCAAGGGGCCUAUUUGAAGAAAUGAAGAAAACAGCAAACAACAAUGCUGUACAGGUGAUUGAAUGGGUGUUAGAAAAGACAAGCAAGAAAUGAUACAAAAUCAUUCUUUUAGGACAAUUAUAAAUUGGAUGGAGCUAUUAUUUACUACUUCUUUUCUUAGUUUGAAAAUUAUAAACAAAUUUUAAACUUUAUUCAAAGAAUAGAUGUUAUAUUUCUGAAGAAUUUCAUGAAUAUACUACAUUUGUAUAGUUUUGGGGAUGCUAUGUUAAUGUAUUUUUAUUUAGAUACAUAUUUUAUACGGUGUUGCUAUAUUUUAAUGUUAAAGUUAUUUUUAUAUGUUUUAAAAUGUUUACUCUUAGUUAUUUAAUUGUUACAAUAAACAGAAUUUUUUUUUUUUACUUUUUGGAUUACACGUCUUUGUUGUUAUGUAUACUAAGUUCCACCUUACAUUUCUUAGACUUAAGUAAGAUAUUGCCAAUGACUUUUCCCACGUAUUCCAAGAGCAUAGUUUAUUGAACUGCUCCUGAUAUAAAGAAUAUUGACAAAAAAAAUUCAAACAGGCCUCAGCCCUAGAGCCACCUUUGUUGGGGCUAUUAAAUGUUUGUUUGGAAUCAAAAAUGAAGAAAGAAGAUAAAUUGUGAAAAUAAGACAUAAUGAAAAUAACACUAAGUACAGUCUCCCAGGAAAAAAGUAUCUUUUCCCUUGGUAGAAAACCUGAAAAUGCAGGUGAAAAAAAACGACCAACAUUUCCCCCCUACUGUCUAGACAUAACCACUGUUAAUAUUUUUGAAAUGUAUGUAAUUUU